AUGAGAAUUGAACGCUCUAUCCGACCCUUAUUUAGGAUUUUAUUCCUUGCGUUUUUGUUUUCUGUCAUAAUAGAAGAUAAUGGAGCUUUAGCUCGUAAGGCUCCGAAACAAAAAGAGGAGAGUUUUCUGCACAGCGUAUACGAUCACCAUGUUCGUCCAUUGGGAACCGCUGUUCAUUCACAAUUUGCUAAAGCCACGCCUUUAUUUGAUGCUGCUAGACAAGCUAGAGAUGAUGCGAAAUCUUACUAUGAUACGCGUACCAAGCCCAACGUUGAAAGCUUUCAUCACAAAAUGAAGAAUUCUGCUUUCUUUGAUAUUCCCAAGCAUCUCGAAUAUUAUGGCAGACAGACUUGGGAAUCUGUUUUGAACGUGAAGAACAAUAAGAUGCUCCAUAACCUUUGUGACGAUGUGAAAACGAAAGCUUUUACUACAUAUACGGAAAUAGUAGUUCCUGCGACUGAAAAGUUCAUUGCUCAACUUCAAAUAUACGCAAAGUGGAUAUCUGAAAGGCUUUACGAGCUUUGGGUCAAUCAAAUUGUCCCCAACUAUCAACAUUACAAGCCGAUUGUUCGCAAAAAGAGCAUUGAUGGCUAUAUGGAAUUCCGCUAUGUAAUUUUGCCGUACUUGAAUUCUACCUUUUGGCAGAUGGUUAAUGCUUUGUCUUAUCAUAUAAAUUCUUUCUGGAACAUGCACAUACGUUCUCAACUACAACAUAUAUAUGAAAGUGUCUUGCAUGAAAAAUCCGAAAAAUUUGCUUCUGCUACAACAGCUAAAAUUUACAGUGACUUGUCAAAUUCUAUGUCCUCUACUCCCCUUGUUUCUACGACUGUGGAUCCUGUCGGCACAGUUGUCGCCGAACAGACUAUGACUCCUUCAUAUCCUGAUGAUACUGCUUCAUCAGGUAAAACGGUUGCCCCUGGAUACGAUCAAAGAAGCUGUAUCAGCAAUACUCUAGCUCAUCUUAGCCAAGAAUUCGAUGCUAUUGAAAGUGAUUUUGGUAGCAAAAUUGAAGAGGGAUGGAAGGAAUCUUUUCAUAAUACAAACGAUUACUUUUCCAAAGAAUUAAAGUCUUUUGAGGAAUUAUCUAACCUUCGAGUUUUGGCGAUUGAAAACUCACUUGGAAAUUUAGUAUUCCGUGCUCAAACGCUUGGCUAUGAUGAUGCGGUUGCUGAAUUAUUGGCAGGUGUAAAAAAAUCGAUUUUGGACACUCAUGAGCGAGCUGUCGAGUUGCGUAACCUUGCCGGAAAACUUCAAAAAGAUAUUCUUGACCGUGUGGAAUCUGGUGCUGCUUUUAUCCGCAAUCAAACACAUUCCUCCUUCCAAGUCGCAGUAGCUGCUUGCAAUGGAAACGUUCAUGUCAAUGAUGAGAAAGUAAGAGAAUUAAUACCUUUAUUAGAUAAAGUGCAUCAUUUUAUGAAUUCCUCGGUGAAGGGUAUCAAUGAAAAGCAAAGCUCUUUAAUGGAACAAAGAAAGCGCCAAUACCUAUCUAGAAUCGGAAGUAUUGCGUCUGACACGAUUAGUCGCUUAACAGCAAUUAAAAAUUCUCAUAAGUUGAAAAUUAAUUCUAAUAUGGGCACCGAAAUCCCUGAAAUGGAACAUAUUUUAGCUGAUCAAAAUCAAAAGAUUAUUGAAGUAAACGCUGAGCAUGCGCAUUGUGAUGAUGUUCCUUUAGGCACUGCUUCUUAUGAAUUGCAUGAGGCUGUUACCGGCGUUCCUUCUCCAACAGCCGACGAAAAAAAUCUAUAUGUAAAAAAGGUACUUGCAAAAGAAGAACGAAGUCAUAAUGGUCCCCAGAUUAAUAUACCAAUGGGUUCGCCCAUCAGAAUGUCGGAAGACGAUACUCUUCAUCAAUCUAUUGUUGAAGAAAAUGUGCCCACUUUAUCUCUUAAGGAUACUAGGAAGGACGAAGAGAAUGUUUAUUCAAUUUUGCCUAUUCAGUAUGACGAGGAGGAGCAAGGAAAGGCUUUUCCCACACAUUCCGUUGAAUCACAAGGAAAAGAGGAACCAGAAAAUGUUUAUUCCAUUUUACCAAUCGAAUAUGAUGAAAAAGAACAAAAGAAGGUGUUUUCGAAAGUUUCUGGUGACUCUACUGUGAAACAGCAAGAUGGUUAUCCUACUGGUUCUGCUAAACACAGAAAUGGCGAAGAGCAAGUCUAUUCUAUCUUGCCUGUGGAAGUGGAUGAAAAAGAGGUUGAGCAGUUCUGUUCCGAGUUUUCUAUUAAUAGUGACAUGCCAACCUCGGAAGCUGCUUACUCUGCACUACCGGUUGAGCUGCCGAAAGAAUCGGUUUCGAGCGAUUCGAAUGAUUUUGAACCAUCAAAUACUGUUUCGACCAGUGAAUUUGUUUCCAAAGCUACUCAGGUUGCUCAUUUGUUAAAUUUGCAACAAUUUUAUAAAGUUAUUUACGACGGUGUUCAGUGA